GUCUCCGCUAGUCUACCACUCAGUGCUGUGAGCCGAGCGGCCCUUGGUGUGUGUGGCAUUUGAAAUCAGUUUGUGAGUUCGGGAACUAAUAUCUCGCCUUUACGUAGCACGCUAACAUGGAAGCACAGGACCCUGGCAGUUAUUAUUCCCUACAGCAAGCCCAGGCAUUUUAUGCUUAUCCAUUUCAUCAGAUGAGCAGUGUGCCUUCACCUAUGGACCUAGGCAAUGAGCAGAAGACUUUACAUACACUAACAGGGGUCCCAGCUCACGAACUUCAAGCAUUCUCAGGCAUUCCUGCCAAUGAGCCUCAUGUGCUCCACACUCUCACUGGAGUGCCAGCCUAUGAGCCUGUGAACCAGCAGACAUUAACAGAGAUCCCAGACUAUUCUCAGCAGCCCAUGCCAGCAGAAGAGCCUCCAAAGGGAAAGCGGAAGAGAGAGAAAGCUGAGCCAAAGCCGAAGAAACCAUCUGCCAAAAAAACUCCAAAAGGGAAACAGGAAAAGAUCACUGAUACUUUUAAAGUCAAAAGGAAAGUAGACCGAUUCAAUGGUGUUACUGAAGCAGAGCUUAUGACCAAGACUUUACCAGACAUUCUGACUUUUAACCUGGACAUAGUAAUUAUUGGAAUCAACCCUGGGCUUAUGGCAGCUUACAAAGGUCAUCAUUACCCCGGGCCAGGAAACCACUUUUGGAAGUGUCUCUUCCUCUCUGGACUGAGCGACCAGCAGCUCAACCACAUGGAUGACCACGCACUUCCAGAAAAAUAUGGCAUUGGCUUCACGAACAUGGUGGAGAGAACAACACCAGGCAGCAAGGACCUAUCUAGCAAGGAGUUUCGGGAAGGAGGCAGAAUUCUUUUACAAAAGCUACAGAAAUACAAACCUCGCAUAGCUGUGUUUAAUGGAAAAUGUAUAUAUGAAAUUUUUAGCAAAGAAGUAUUUGGAGUAAAGAUAAAAAAAUUUGAAUUUGGAAUCCAGCCACACAGGAUCCCUGAAUCAGACACAAUAUGCUACGUUAUGCCUUCCUCAAGCGCAAGGUGUGCACAGUUUCCCAGGGCUCAGGAUAAGGUCCAUCACUACAUAAAGUUAAAGGACCUGAGAGACCAACUAAAAGGAGUAGAACGGGUCAGAGAAGUUCAAGAAGUACAGUACACAUUUGACUUGCAUCUGGCUCAAGCGGAUGCCAAGAGAAUGGCUGUGAAGGAAGAGAAAUAUGAUCCAGGCUACGAUACUGCUUUAGGGGACAAUUUUAAUGAACAGAUACCUUCUGGAGAGAGUGGAACAUGUCAUUUUGCAUCUGAUGCUGCUGCACCCAGCAAUACAGAGUUCAGUGAACAGAACGGACAGUGGAUACCACAGCCUUUCAUUGAGCAGAUGUCUACGUAUAACCACUGUGACGACCAACCACAAGAAGAGAGCAGUGCCUGAAGCUAGUCUGCUGUAUGAGCUAUGCAAGCAUGCUGCAGUUUUAAUGCAGUCACAAGGAGUCAAACCUCAGUUAAAUAACUGAAGACUUUUUCUUUGGGGGUUUUUUUUCUUUGAUUUUUUUUUAAUUUUUUUUUUUAACAUUUUACCUCUUAUUUUAAUAGAGUGAAAUUAGUAGUAGAUAGUACCUAAAAUUAGGUAGUUUUAAUGAAAUAUAUCUGAACUUUUCUUAGGAAAAAAAAUAGUGUAGACUUUUUUUGUACAUCAGUUUUUGUAUUUAACUCCAGCUGUAUAUUGCAGUUCACAAACUGCUUGUUCCAUAUAUUUUAUGUAAUGUUUUAUUGGGGAGAUUGUUACAAAUGCAAUACUCUUUGUAUGAUAGACUGAUAAGCGGGUGCUAUAAUUUGUUGACGUCUCUUGCAUUUUCCAAGCCUUGUUGACUCUGAUUUGUUUUUUGAAAGCUAUCCCUUCUUAGAGUAUCUUCUAGUGACCUGUAGUAAUGGUACAUUUUACCAUUUGGUUUCAUUUUGAAAUAUUUUUUACAAUGUUGGUAAAAUACUCAGUGCUUACAUAUGUUGUAUAUUCAUCACAUGGGACCAUGGCCUGGAUUCACUGUUAAGUAAGACAAAACUUAGUUUACUCUUAGUUUUACUCUUUGAAGUGUGUAUUUAUUAGAUAUAUAUAUCUAUCUCAGUGAUUAAUUUCUAUAUCAUACAGAAUAAUGUAAUACUCACUGGAGAGUGUUACUGCAGAAAAAGUGCAUCAGACUUUUAAGUCCAACGUGGUUUAUCAGUGACCACUUAAUGCCUUUUUUUUCCCCAUGCACAAAAUUUUCUGUGUAGUGAGAUAAUGGACUUUGAUGCUGCAUUACUUUUUAUUAUUUAAUACAUGGUUUUAUGUACUUGAGCUAUACACACAGUGUACAUUUAUAUAAUUUAAAAUGACAUCCAUAGUUGAUUUUUGUUCCUUUUUCCACAGUGUAGUAUUUUUUUUAUUUAUUAUUUUAAGCUUGCACUGUGGGGUGAAUGAUUGCAUUGAGCGUAUGAUAACUAGUAUAAUGUUUCUGAAGUGAAAUGAAAGGAUAAUUAUCCCGAAGGAAGGAAUUAUUGUAAGAUGUUUUUCUAUUACCAAAAAACAAAUAUGUUGAGUUAGAAAUAGAGAGCAUAUGUUUUUUUGUUUUGUUUAUUAUGUUUAUCUUAUCAUGCUAAUUUCAUUCACUAUAUCUUACUUUGUGCUUCUGUGUGGUUUGUAAAGUGAUACACUGAUACAUUUUGUACCUUCUAAUUUUUCAUAUGGUACGACAGUUUUACUCGUAGUAUGACUUAGGGAAAAACAAAUUUUAAUUGAAAAAAUUGGGAAGUAGCACGGGGGGAAAAAAUAACCAGUUUUGGUUAAAAUAAUCUGGUAUUAUUAUAAUAUAGUACUUAAAUAGCCUAAACUUGGACGCUUACACUUUUUGUGCCAAUUGCUUAAUUAUCCUUAGGUUUUUUUGGGGGGCAUGAUUAAUUAUUUUUACUAGAAUGAGAACAUACAAAAAUUGUCAAGAAGGUUACUUCACAAUGUAAGUAAUAUAAUGAACUAAUUAACUGAAUUGUAUUUUGCAUCCCCUUUAUUCAGUCCCCCCCCCCCCCCCCAUAUAAAAUCGCAGUCUAGCAUAUCAGAAGUGCAAUGUUCCCAUGAAUCUGCUUCCACCUCUAGCAUUACAAAGGCAGGUCGUGGUGUUUCCUUGUUGUUAAAUUAGAUACUGUUACAUUGUUUAUUGGCCAUAUCGUUGUGUAAGUUGGCGUUUUAAAAAGUGCUGCUGGAAAUAUCUGUAUAAUGAUUCCAUCAUUAACAGAAAUUCUUUUAACACAAACAUAUUUCCAAAUUGAAGUACAAAGAAAGGCAAUGAACUGUGAAGAGACAUCAUAAUAGCUUGUUCUUAUGUGUUGCUUAUGCAACUGUCCAUUGGAGAUGAGCCUGUCUAAAGGGAUGCAGACUUCUAACCCAUGUACAGUCAGCUUUAUUUACUAUAAAGGCCUGUUGUGGGCACCAUCUCACAAAGAAAGCUAUUAAACUAUGUACCCAGUUGAGUGUCCCUCUUUUGUGUGGUAUUUUUACUUUGACAUUUUUUUUUAAAACAAACAUUUUCUCACCCUUUUAGAUUAAUAUUGCAUGCAUUUGUUUGGUUAAUUUGAACUGAAUUGUAUCUUUAUAUAAUGUACCAUAUAACUAUUUCUUUUACCAAGUUCUUACCCAUUUUAUUGACUUUUAUAUAUAUUAGGACAAAAGUUUAGCCAAUAUUAGAAAAUAAAAUAGAUGUUACUCUUGACCAACUGGGUAAAUUGGACAUUUUGUAUUUUUAACUUAAAAGUACUGUAUCAUGUAUCUUGUUUACAUAGAAGUUUUCAGCAUGUGCUUGGGAGGUGCCUUCAACGUCUUGGUGCAAUCUGUUUUUAUGUUUGGAAAACAAUGUUUUAUCCAUUUGCAGCAUAUUUGUAAAAGGUAACUGUCAUCCGUCAUAUACAUAUUAAAAUGAAAUCUGAUUGAA